CCCAGAGCCGGCGCAGGCGCGGUCGCCGCGUCCCCGUCGCCGGGCUCUGUCGCCCGCGCCGCUUCGGGUUUUAGGCACUUGAGGCGGCUGCCUGACGGUCCUGCGGCUUUUCCUCUUACCGCUGCGGGCCGCAGGGCCAAGGCCAUGUCCCGGAAGCAGGCGGCGAAGAGCCGGCCGGGCAGCGGCAGCCGGAAAGCCGAGGCCGAGCGCAAGCGGGACGAGCGCGCGGCGCGCCGGGCCCUAGCCAAGGAGCGGCGGAACCGGCCGGAGUCCGGCGGCGGCGGCGGCUGCGAAGAGGAGUUCGUUAGCUUCGCCAACCAACUGCAGGCCCUGGGGCUGAAGCUGCGGGAGGUGCCGGGGGACGGCAAUUGCCUGUUCAGAGCUCUUGGUGAUCAGCUGGAGGGACACUCCCGGAAUCAUCUCAGGCACCGACAAGAGACAGUGGACUACAUGAUAAAGCAGCGGGAAGAUUUUGAACCCUUUGUUGAAGAUGACAUUCCUUUUGAGAAACAUGUGGCCAGUUUGGCAAAACCUGGAACAUUUGCUGGCAAUGAUGCGAUUGUAGCCUUUGCAAGAAAUCAUCAGUUGAACGUGGUGAUUCAUCAACUUAAUGCCCCUUUGUGGCAGAUCCGUGGCACGGAUAAAAGCAACGUGCGGGAGUUGCACAUCGCCUAUCGGUAUGGAGAGCACUAUGACAGCGUUCGGAGGAUCAAUGACAACUCAGAGGCACCCGCACAUCUCCAGACUGAUUUUCAGAUGCUUCAUCAGGAUGAAUCAAAUAAAAGAGAGAAGAUCAAGACAAAGGGAAUUGACUUUGAAGAUGACCUGAGAGACGAAGUAGAAGAUGCUGUCCAGAAAGUUUGCAAUGCAACUGGGUGUUCAGAUUUUAAUUUGAUAGUCCAGAACCUGGAAGCUGAAAAUUAUAAUAUUGAAUCUGCCAUAAUUGCUAUGCUCCAGAUGAACCAGGGGAAAAGAAAUAAUGCAGAGGAGAACCUUGAGUCCAGUGGCCGAGUGCUGAAGCAGUGCGGCCCUUUAUGGGAGGAGGGUGGCAGUGGCACCAGAAUCUGUGGAAAUCAGGGCUUAAAUGAAGGCAGGACUGAAAAUAAUAAGGCACGGGCCAGCCCUAGUGAAGAAAACAAAGCAAAUAAAAACCAGCUACCAAAGGUCACAAACAAGCAGAGGCGAGAACAGCAGCGCCUGGAGAAGAAGAAGCGCCAGGAGGAGAGGCACCGGCACAAAGCCCUGGAGAGCAGGAGCAGCCACAGGGACAACAACAGAAGCGAAGCGGAGCCGGGCGCGCAGGUCACCUUGGUGAAGACCUUCGCUGCUCUCAACAUCUGACUCUGGCCGCCUGGGAGCCGGGAGACACCAAGGCCAGGUGGAGCGCGCGCCGGGCUGUCCGGUCAGGCCGUCCUCUUCCAAAGCGAAACGCAACCCACAGAAUCACACUCGGAGUUCCUUUCCUUCAAGCUGCCUCUUUUUCGUUCAGAGUUUUGUCAGUGAUGUGUUUUAUUUAAUGAAAGUGCAGGGAAGCCAUUCACGUUCUGUAAGUCAAAUAUUGAGUUUUAGGGGUGGAUGAGUUAGGUCAAGAAAAACCUUUUGCUUGUGUGGUUUUAUUUGCCCUGAGAGUCAGAGUUCAGUGACCCUGGGAUUUUUCCUUAACACUUGAGCUGAGUUUCGCUGUCACUGUUCCUGAAGACGUUUCAGGAAAUUCAAAAUGACAGGUUUCCUUUGCCUCCUCUUUCACUUUCAAACAGAUAAUAACAUGCAGGAUAGUUUAUAAAUGAUCUCCAACUCAGGUACAUGUUUAAAGUUAAUUUUCUUCUAAUCCAAGUUAAUCAGAAAAUAAUUCAGGAAGUGUUUUCCCAAAGUAAUAGGACAUGGAGGUUGUGGCCUCUGUAGUCAGGGCGGACGUUAAACAACUACGUUUCUCUUCUUCCUGAUGCUAAUGUUAUUUCAGAUGGGAUGCAGGUGCUGUUGGUUUGUUUGCACUCAAGCCAUAUGGGCCUGACUGUUAAUGAGGCCUGGGCUUUGCUGGGAAAUUGAUGGUGUUGCUGAGUUCCUGGUACUUGUUUCUUGACAGUGAGAAGAUGGUUUAGCACCAUUUAUGGUGCAGCUCUGGGAUUCUGCAAGUAUGGCGAGCAGAACCCAUAUUUGUAAAGGGAGAAAUAAAGAGUCCUGAGUUUUUGCUCAGGAAGAGGCUGAAGAGUUCGUUGAUUUUGUAAGGGUAGAGUGUCGGAAAGUAUAUCUAAGGUUUUUCAUGUUCAGAUUUUAAGUUAGUUUGCUACUAUUCUAGCUUUAGAAGGAUGCUUUCAGAGAAAUAAAAGGUAACUUGACCUCUUGCUCAGGUUUCUUAGUAUUGCAGAAAUGAAAUCCCAGGAGUGUCCUGGUGGUGUGGUGGGUUAAAGGUCUGGUGGUGUCAUGGCUGUGGCCCUGGUUAUUGCUGGGGUGCAGGUUGGAUCCCUGGCCCUGGAGUGUCUGCAUGUCACGGAGGUGCCCCCCAAAAAAGAGAGGGAGAGAGAUCCCAUAAAAUGCUGCACUUACUUCUUUUUAUUUAAGCCCAGUUUUGGGUUUUGAUGUUGGAAAAACUCUAGCAAUCCUUCAGAAGUUGUUAGAGAUUUAGGUUAGACCAGCAAGGCGGAGAACUACUUUGGCCGAGGCCUUUGAGUGGCUCCACAGUGCUGAAAUAGUCAGAUUUGGGCGGUGGAGUGAUGCCAUUACCCAAACCGAUGGAAACCAUCACUUAGGUGGAUGUAAACUUUAAAACUGUAAUGUAUGAAGUGGCCCAUUUUGGACAGACUUUGCCUUUGGGGGACCUGAUAUUUGGGGAAAUAAUAGAAAUAAUAUACGCUGAAUCAAUGGCAAAAUUCAAAAUUAUAAGGGUUCUGAGGCAAAGCGAAAGCUAUAAAAAGGCUUUGACAUGUAGAGAUGUCAGUGGGUGGACUGGCCUUGGAUUCACCGGAUUGUCUUUAUCAGCAGGUGAUUCGCUUUCUUUGGUUUUAAUGAUGUAUUUUAAUGUUUUGUUUGUUUGACUUUGGCAACGUGUUGUGUUUGGAGCAUCAGGAGUCUCUGGGAGGCGCUCCCAGGACGUUCUGGUGCAGUACCUCGUGACACUGUGCAGAUUUGGGAAUGGCACAGCGUUUUCUCUGUGCAUGUUGCAGAGUCCCGAGUCCAAGCCUCUAGAACUCAGUCCAGACACGUGAAAGGGUUCCGUUGCCUUACUGUCUCCAAGGGAGUGAGAUCCAGUGCUUUAGGAUCUCCUGUUCUCUUGGCUUUCAACCCUGGGCGCAUUCCUGCCUGCGGCUGAGCGUUUGUGCGUGAACGCUUUCUUGCCUCUUCUGUACUGUGAGAGACAGAUCAAGACUGUGUACCAGAAAUUCAGUAAAAUUAGGCGUCAGAAAUAGCUUAAGGGCGACCCAUUGUCAGAAGUGGUAGGAUUGCUUUAUUCCCUUGGUUAAUGCAGGUGCCCUUGGGCCCUCUUGGGUUUUAGAAGUUGCUAAAAUGUUAUUAAAGAAUAUCGGGCACAUUUCUUUGUAAAUCACCUAAUUCUGAUAAUAGGCUUCAGCAUUUCUGGGCUAAAAGAACAGUGGUUUUAGAAACUGAUCAAAUGGCUUCAGUAGUUUUCCGUUAUUACCGUUUCGUAGUUUUCCAGCUCUGUUUGGUCUGUGUUUAGUAUUAGGAAUGGGUCACACGUAUCCAACUUUAGUGCUAUCUUCUAGCUACAGGUUUGAAUUUAGACUUCACUGCCUCAGUCUUCUCACCAAAGGGCGAGGUGAAUGGACUCGUGUGGUACCUCGUUGCCUUGGGGGGUGCUGGGGAACCACUCUGUUGGCAGCCACAGUGGAGGCCUGGGGUGUUUAGUCCUGGGAUCCUGUUGGCAGUGGUGGCACCUGCCCCGUUGCUCACGUGCACUCCACAGCAGGAGCGAGUCUUUCUUAAUCUCUGUGGCUGUUAGAGGAUUGUCACUUGGGGUUGUUGUCUUUGUAGCUUUAGUCACGUGGAGGGAGAGGUGGGGCAGUGGUCCCUAGCUGCUUACUAGUCUUAUAAACUGUAUAUAAAGGUUUCAUGGAUUUUAAAAGAAGAUUUUUUUAAAGGUCAAAAUAAAUAAACUUUUAGUGGCAACAAUUUGUACUAGAGAGGUAGAUACAUCAAAACAACAUAGAACCACAACUUCUAAAUUAAUAUAGUUACCACCAGGAGAUAUUAAGAUGGAUAGAGUGUCUAUGUGUAUUUAUUUUUCCGUAAUAGGAACAUAUGCUUUCAGGAGAAAAAUCAUUGACGAAUUGUGGCAGAAAGAAGAAUCUUAAAUGUUAGUUGAGAUUGUCUAUAGUUUCUUUCAUAAGCUCUGAAAACACUUCCAAACCCAUUUUGAUUCCAAGGGCUUGUGAAGUGGGAUCUCCAUCAUGGGGCAGCUAGAGCUGGGCUUGGAGCCUCUGUGGGGGUGAUGCCCGCCCUGCUUCCUGGGGCGCCUGGACAGUGUGAAAUGACAGGGUCCCGGGGUGUGGGGGAGGGCGUGCUGCUCACAUGUUAAGUAGGUGGCCAGCAGAUGGACUUGGCCUGAACUGUGCUCGCGUGCGUCCCUGUUGUCAGUGUGCAUUUUCUCUCUUUCGGAGACACUCUGGACCACUGUGGGUUUGUUUAGUGGGUCCACGUGGAAUUGCCGUCACUUUACCUCUGAGAACUGUGUGACUCGAAUGGGCGGUCAGUGGAGGGAAACUUGGGUUCCUAGUCAGAGCCGAUUGACACGCCCCUGACCAGGAAGGUGACAGUGGCGCUUCAGUGUCGCAGCUCUGGCCCUCUCUGACUCCCCUCUUGGGCAGACGUGUAGCUGCUCACCUUUUACCUCAAAGCUCUGUCUUUCCGUAGCAGCCUUUAGACUCAGACGCAGUUUUUUUGUUUGGACAUUUUCACUGUUCACUGUUUUAUUCAUCUCAGCUUUCAGAGCAGGUGUUGCUCAAACUCUGGGGCCUUCCGAUGGUUGUUCUGAGGCGACUUGAUGGCACUCUUUACAAGGUGUGUUUUUUGACUCUAAAGCAAAUCGUAUUUUCCCACUGAUGUUGUUAGGUUGAAAGUCUCGAUGGCAUAUUUAAAUUAUACGGGAUCUUCUGGUGUCACAUACUAGAGGGGGAAAUGGGUAAGUGGUUCCAAGUGGCCACACCAGUCACGGGGUGCACACAGGGUCUGAAACCAGAAGGUGCCCAGAGCCAGCCCAAGGGGAGCGGGGCCUCGUGGACUGUCCGUGCCACCCUUCCCUGUGCAAGCCUCAGGCUCUUAACCAUUUCCUCUGGGGGACUGCUUUGGAGAGCCCCGCUUUCCUAGUUCGGACUACACGGUAGCUCAGUUAAAAUGCUCAGCGUGCUCGCAGAGUUAUGUGACAGGGGACUGGAACCAGUGAAGAAUGACGUCUGGAAACGCACGAACGCUGCGCGGUGUCUUGGUUUUAAGCCGGGCCUGCCCGUGACCCCGAACUGCUUGUGCUCGCCGUGCUGGUAGCCACCAAAGGUCAAGAUCCCGGGCGCAGCCUCCGCAGUCAGCCCCUCCUCCUCCGCCCGUCGACAUCCAGCAGGUCACUGUUGCCGGUCCUCGCUGACGGUCUGAGCUCAGUCACAGACCUCGGCCUGUGGUUUGUCCCCUGGCCGGUCCCGCGACCACCAACACUUAAGGAAGACGGGUGAGGGCUCCUCUCUGGUUCAUUUUCCGAGGGCAGAAAGGCCCUCGGCCUCCCCGGCUCCCCUUCCAGCAUCCUCCACCAGCACUGAGCUCAGUGAGAAAAAGAGCCAGGAGUCGGCCAGCAAACCUCCAUGUUUCUCUUGUUGAUGUCGCAGUGGGGGUGGGCCUUUGUCCCCUUCUGAAGGGGGCGGGCGGGUCUGUGGAGAACACGGGCUUUCGCAGGCUCAGCGCCGUCUCUUGUUCUGAUUGCACUGUACCUGUCCUCGCUGCACUCUGGAGAUGUUUAAGGCCUCCGUGGGGUCAUGAGCCAUAGACUUAGCAAGUCUUGCCUUAUCUGUGGAGCUCGACGGGGGGAAACGUGACCGUUGUCUGAUGUCUGUAGUUCAUGUCCUCCAGGUGUUUCUUUCCUCAGAUUGCGUUACUCUGAACCAUUUUGUUUUUUAUUUACCAAAGUACUGUACUUGGCUAUUUGCAGUGUUUUCAAAACCAAAUGUUUCUUUUUUUUGUGUUUUUAAUCUUCAAUACUCGGUGCAAUAGAAGCUGCAAAGAUGUGCCACUUUAUCUAUGAAAUGGAGUUUUGUAUACCAAUAAAUUCUAGUUUGAAGACAGA